AGCAAGAUGGCCACCGAUGUCGCAUCGGGUAGAGUGUCAGAAGCGCGUCGCGAUGUAAAUAUUAGCGUAACCGGGCCCGGGGCCACGAGCACGGGGAAACGCGAGCCCGAACUCAUCGACCAAGAGGACGAAAACAGGAACGUGCAGUCAUCGUCCUCGUCAAUCGUGGGAUCUUGUCGUCAGCGCGAGCAAGAAGAGCAGCCUGAGAGUACGACAUCGCCGUCGCCGCCACCGCAGCGGCUCCUAGUCGCUACGCCCACCAACACCAUCAGCAGCAGUAACAACAACAAAGCCCAGCUUGGGAGUUUGAUUGCAGGGGUAGCUGGGAGCAGAAGCACUACGUCCGAGAAGGAGGUUGACAUGUCCGGGACCGGCAGCCCGCCGGCCCGGACCGUCGAUCAGGAGACGCCUCGAGAAGACAAGCCAUGCAUAGGUACCGUCAGUCCUGAUAUGUCCAUGAACACCGAUCCUUGUGUACCUAUUAUUGAUUCAACGUCGUCUCCUAAAAGCAACGAUCAUUGUGCUCCAGAGCUUCGUCUUCAGGAAGGAGAGCGAGAUUGCAUGGUCAACAAGAGUCCACAAGUGGCGGAAAGCCUGCAAAGUUCUGGACAAUGUUCUGGAUUUACCAGUCCACUAUCUCCGGACUACCCACCAAGAGUUUCCACUGGUCACAACAGUCCGGCUAGUAUUAUUGUCACUAAAAGCUCGAUGACCUACGGACUACCUAUGAUGUCCUCGGGGAACACUUGGAAGACAAAGCCAGAAGUUAUUGAAAGACCUUCUUGUAUUAACCAGCAAAAAGUUGUGGAAAAUAGUGUUGAUCAGUGCAGUAUUCAAAAUGAAAAGAAAGACAUAGCUAUAAAGCAUGAACUCCCAGUGGAAAGGCUUUCAUCCGUUAAAGUUGAGCAAGAGCCUACAGUUAAAAGUGAACCUAGUGAAGUAAAGCCAUCGACAACAGUUUUGCAAAGCAAGUCCCAUUCAUCAUCUUCGUCUUCUAGAGAUAAGCGUAAAUCAGACCGUUCGGAUAGACAUAGUUGCACGCGAUGUUAUAAAAGAAGUAAAAUUAAAAAAACUAGCAUUGGUAUACAGUGUCGUAGGGAUAGGAAAAAUGGCCGAUGUAUAACACCAGUGUUGUAUAAAGUUCCAAGCUUUUCAAAUUUUAUUCAGAAAUCAAAUAGUGAUAACCUGAAACUUAAUUUGCAAUUUAAAAACUGCAAAAUAUUAAAUAAAGCGUCUACUAAAUGUGACUCUUCAGUUUUAUUGCAAGGAUUAAAGUACAAAGAUUACAUUCACAUAGAAAUUUAUCCUAAUGGUGGAGCCUCAGUAGUUCACGCGUAUCAGGAUGAAAUCAAUAAUUUAACCAGUGAACAACUUCAGGAAUUCGCCCAAGAAUACUUUAAGGUCGUAUUCAAGGAAGAUGAAAAUGGUAAUGCUCAUCACGUAAUGGGAAUCGUUCACAAUUCUGCAUCAUACAUGCCAGACUUAUUAGAUUACAUGGCUGAUUUAUAUCCUACAUUGACUGUGAAAAAUGGUGUACUAGGACACAAAAGUGACAUAGAAACUACGACGAUGCAACAGUACAAAGAACAUGUCUGUAAAUCUUACAACAAUGGAACUUUUAGAUAUGGACCUUUACAUCAAAUUAGCCUAGUUGGUACAGUUCACGAGGAAGUAGGAGGCUAUUUCCCUGAUGUUCUGCAAAUGAUCGAAGAAAAUGUUUUUUUAAAAAUGACCAUGCCCUGGGGUCCUUUAUCAGCGGUGCGAAUGGAGAGUCCCCAAGAAUCUAACGACGGACCAAUCCUGUGGGUUCGACCAGGUGAGCAGCUUGUCCCUACCGCCGAGAUGAACAAGAGUCCGUGCAAACGUCGUCGCACUGGUAUCAAUGAGCUCCGCAACUUGCAAUACCUACCACGCUCCAGCGAAGCUCGCGAGUACAUGUUUGAAGAUCGAACGCGUGCCCACGCGGAUCACGUAGGCCACGGUCUUGAUCGCAUGACUACUGCUGCCGUAGGCGUCCUUAAAGCCAUACAUGGUGGCCAGGACUCGGAGCUUAAUCGCAUCACCAAAGAUGUAAUAGCCUUUCAUGCUUCCGACUUUACUGAACUCGUGGAAAAAUUACAGCUUGACUUGCAUGAACCACCAAUCUCACAAUGCGUUCAAUGGCUUGAGGACGCCAAGCUUAAUCAACUGCGCAGACAGUCGAUUCGCUAUGCAAAGAUCAACCUCUACGACAACGACAUUUACUUUCUUCCGAGAAACAUUGUUCAUCAAUUCCGAACUGUUUCCGCGGUAUCCAGCAUUGCCUGGCACGUAAGGUUGCAACAGUACUAUCCGGAAAAUCUCGAUGCCACGGCUAAUAUCAACGCAGGUCCUAGACGUUCCUUGCAGCAUCAAAAAGAAGAAAAGGUUGCCCAGGAGGUUGAAGAAGACGAACAGAAGGAAAAUACGGAUAGGCAGAGAAUAAAAAAACGCGCGAGUGUUGACGAAGAGAAAAAGGCCAAGGAGCGAGCAGCCGAGUAUCAGGGCAACCUUAAGAAAUCUGAUCAGCAACAGAAAGAGGCUGAAAGACAAAGACACAGAGAGCGAAAAAAUGAUCGUAAACAAGAAAGGAGGAAAAGAUCAUCAGAGAAACGAGACAGGGAUAAAAAACAUCAAGACCACCACCGUAGCACCGGUAAGUCCAGUAGUAGUGGUAGUAGUAGUAAUAGCCAUCGCCACAGCAGUAGUAAUCACGAAAGCAAGAAAAAACACGAAAAUAAGUCGUCUUCAUCAUCGUCGACGUCGUCGGAGCAUAGGCGACACAGUUCGUCAAGUAACGGUCAACAUUCGUUAAAAACGGAAGCCCGCUCGUCGAGUAUUGUUAGCCAAAGUAUCGAAACUCUGCCUAAGACUCCUCUCCCCAUAGAGAUACCAAAGUCCAGCGUUGAGACUUUACGAAGCAACGGCAGUAGCAAUGACGAACAGACGAGCGUAAAGCAGGACAACGUCCAGAUGAAAAUUGAUUCAGAAUUAAUAUCAGCUCGACAAAAGGUUGGAAAACUGUAUGCCGGUCAGGUCGUGGACAAAGCUCUGGAAAUUGCAGUUUAUAAAUCUAAAGCUGAUGUACAAGAGGUGUGCCGAUCGUUACGUGAUGGUGUUAGUUCGGCCUCGAAGGAGAUGUUGGAAAGGAUUCGCAAAGAAAGUUUGGAAAUUGCCGAGAAGCUGUUUAACGAAGACAGCGCGAACGUUGAAAAAACUUAUAGGCUGCUCGAAACAGAAACCACUGGUGCUUUUACUUCAAAGCUCGAAUGUGCCACUGAGAAUGCCGUAAAAGCUUUGAUUGAGAUGGCAGAAGAAUCCAAAGAAGAGGAAAAUAAUACGGAUAAAAAUGAGUCUGCCAAGGAAACAGAAGUUGUUGAGAAAGUUGAAAUGGUGGAGGUUGAUGAAGCACCUUUGUUGACAUCCUCGUCGACUAUUGAAAAAUGUACCAAAGCUCCCUCCAUGGAAAAAAUAAAUAGUGAGAGUGACAAUAAAUCCAUCAAUGAGGUGUCGAAUGAGAAGUCGAGUCACAAAAAAAGCGAGAAGACGCACAGCAGUAGCCGAGAUGACCGUAAGCACAAGGAGCACAAAAAGAGCGACCAUAAGGAUCGCGAUCGAGACAGGAACAAAGAUAAAGACAAGGACCGCACAAGGCACCACAGUAGUAGCCAUAGUAGUAGUAGCUCCAGCCACCGGCACAAGGAUUCAAAAAGUAAGUCUUCUUCGUCCUCGAGUAGUCAUCAUCGCUCUUCUCAUUCAUCCUCGUCCCAUAAGAGCUCUUCCUCAUCUUCCGAAAAAACUCAAAAUACAUCGGAUACGUUGAGUUCUCGAUCUUCGAGCAGUUCUAGUGGCCACAAGCGCAAACCUAGCUCGAGCAACUCUAUCGUCAAUAUUAACGAAAACGAGGCUAAGAAAGCACGUGUGGAAACAACGAACGACGUAUUAGUUGCAAGUAGUACGACUGACCAAAUUAUUCAGCUGCAGUUUCAACCUGAACCUUAGCCGCAGCAGCAAAGCGAUGUCGCGAGUACGGCGACAUGAAUCGCCACAACAUCAAACGAUGCACGGCAUUAGUAUUUAAAAAGAAUAAAUAGUACAACCUUGACUUCUAAAAGUGAGAUAGGAAUGAAUAGCUGAAUAUAACGAUACGGUUGCUAUCUCGAGUCUUGCGUUUCGCCGGGAGCGAAGCAUUAAUAAAAGAACAAAGAGCACAUUAGCCGGCAGAGGU